UGAUUGAUUGGUCGGUCAAGAGGUACUACAGAUCAUUUCAUCCUUCCUGUCACAACAUAAUCAACAAAUAGAUCAUGCAGCGCCGUUGUUCGAUUUUUGCGCAGCAUCACACCGGCGUUGCCAGAUCAUUUGGUUGCGUAUUGCAACAGCCAUCGAAGACUCUGCACAAAAACAACGAUUGGCUUUAGACAACAAAUGGACCACAUAAUACCUCCAAAAGAGUACCACUGGCAGCCGGGAAAUCUUAUAAGUCAAAACUUCAAAUUGGGCAACAACGGACACAUAUGCGUAGUAUUGAACCGACGAAUACAAGUUCCCUCGCACGUGGUUAAGCUGUUGUGGAAAAAUGCAACAGUGCGAUGUGCUGUUGAUGGUGGCUCCAACCACUGGAGAGACUUUGUGUUGGCAGAAGGUAUAAACAGUAGCUCUAAGAGUACAUCAGCCACAUCGCUUGAACCCCUUGAUGUGAUAACCGGCGAUUUUGAUUCGAUAACGGAAGAAACUGUGGAGUUUUUUAAAACGACGCCCAAAAUACACACACCCGACCAGGAUGCUACAGAUUUUACUAAAGCUUUGAAUGUGCUUCAGCCGGUAAUGACGCAGCGAAAAGUGCAGGAUGUAGUCGUUUUUCAUGACUGCUCAGGGCGCUUAGAUCAGGUGAUGGCCAACCUAAACACGCUUUAUAAAGUACAAAAGGAGAACUGCAAUGUGUACCUGCUGAGCGGCAAUUCGGUGACCUGGUUGUUGCGGCCUGGUAAGCAUACUAUACAAGUUCCAUUGGAUUUAGUUACCAGCCAGCGUUGGUGCUCUCUAAUGCCAGUGGGCGCUUCAGCGCACAAUGUGACCACCACCGGUCUUAAAUGGAACUUAUACCACGCACAUAUGGAGUUUGGCGGCAUGGUGAGCACUUCGAACACCUAUUCAACAGAGUUUGUGCAAAUUGAAACGGACAGUAAUUUGAUUUGGUCCAUGGGUGCUUACGACUUUGAAGAGAAGGUCCGCCUCACCGCAAAGUAGACAAAGAAUGAGUGCUUAAAGGGGGCUUUAAAUACUUAAGUGAUCGGUGUAAGGCUUAAUAUAUAUUAAGCUAUAAUAGACAAUGAAUUAGCUUUAACAUCUACGCAAGCCGCUUUAUUUUUCUUUAUACAAAAAAUUAAGAUUAAAAGUUGUGAAUUCACAGACA